AUGGCAGACACCGGAGAAAGUGGUCCAUCCGCUAUGAGACUUACGCCUAAGCCGGUAGAUCCCUCAAUCCAUUCAUCUACAGUCGCUAUCGAGUUCGAAGAAUUUUCGCUCAUUGGCCCAGAUGGCUAUGCCUCGUAUCGGCAUGUUCAGCCUGAACACCUAAAGGCGUUUAAACGAUAUCUUCUCGAGAAAUACGACAAGACUAUCGACGACCUGGAAUCCGGAUAUGACUUUUGGCCUUUUGUGGACGGCUUUGGCUCUACCGGGGCAGGAUCUCUUGAUCCAAAGAUUCUCUCCGAUGUUGAGAAUGGCGAGAUUUCGAAUGAGGUGUUGUUCUACCUCGCUAGACAUGUUUUCAGGGAGUGCGAGGGGAUAUCCGUGUGUAGACACGGACGCAGACUUGUCGUAGAGUUCCCGGAAAUCGACCCCGACGACUUUGCAAUGCGUCUCCAGACACUUCCCCGCGCUAUUACAAACCUUCCAUUUCGACUAGAGUUUCGCAAUGGCCCUGGGGAGUUUUACGAAUACCCUGUGAAGCUUCGCAAGAUCCCCCCAUUUGACGAGGAGGUGGCGGGCUUGGCGAGCUGGAUAAUUUCUGAAGUAACAGAGGGGAUGCCUCCUGGAGAAGCAGAAGGGAUGCUUCCUGAAGAAAUGGAACAGUUACAGUUGGAGUAG